AUGAAGCAGCCAGUCCCGCAGAAGGGAGAAUCCACGAAGAUCGCAGCUGUCGACGAGUCCAAUAUGACAGCUGGCUUGCCAAAGAUCGACGAGAGCAUCUCUGAGACGUCAUUGCCAGCUCCGCCAGUCCCACCGAAGGGAGAAUCCACGAAGAUCGCCCCUGUCGACGAAUCCAACAUGACGAUAAACAAAACCUGCGACAUGACAGCGGGAAUCGGUCUUCAGGGCAUGCCCGAGAGCUCCUUCGAGGAGACGAUGGACACGUCGGAAUGGAACACUACAGCUGAGGUUGCCCCUGCACAGGACCGGACGAUGGAUGUUACGUCGGGUAUUGGCUGCCAAAUGACGUACAUCGACUCGUCGAUGGAUGAGAGCAUGGCCGCCACGACUAUGACGAAGUUGCCGACGCCAAAGCAGCCUCGCUCAGAAAGAAUGCAGAACGAUUUAGAGGUCAAGACGAAUGCCGAGAAAGUUGAAACUAAGGCUGAGGACGCACGGCUCGUGAAGAAUAUCGAGUGUGCUUGUCCCGAGACCUACUCGAGUGAGUAUCCCAGCGAUAGCAUGAGUGAGGAAGGCAGCACACGAGUGCAUGAAAAUGAGGCUGUCGAGGAGGCUUCUCAAGAGUCGAAGGAUGGCAAAGCAACGGAGAAGUCCGAAGAGCAACUCUCAGUUACUCUCGAACUGAAGGCGCUGCCCAAGCCGGUUUCUUCUCCCGAGAAACAGGGUCUUCCUAAACCCGUUUCUCCAAAGAAACCAGAGUCAAGCGAAGCUGAUUCUGAUGUUGUGGAAAUGGAGAUUCCAUCAACUGCGUCCAUGUAUGAAGUCGAUGAAGACGCAGAAGCGAGCACUCUUGACGAAGGGAGCCUAACGCCGGAUCCUGUCGUCGAUCUUCUCUCGCCUGACAGAACAGCGGACGACUAUUCUGUUAUCAUCCUAGAUGAUACAGUCGCGGAGGGCUCUGCAGAGCGAAAGAAAACAAAGGCUGCGCGAAAGUUAGACAUGACACCACCGACUUCGCCCGAUAGACUUUCGAAGCUCGCGAUGGAAACGUCUCCCAAGAAGCUUUCUUCUCCUGGAAAAGAUCCUUCCGAGGAGAAAAACACGACUGACAUGAGCAUGUCGCCUGAAAAGUUCGACGAAUUGCGCAAGGAAGCAUCGACAUCGGAAGCGAAGGACGAGAAGUCGGAGAAAAAGCCAACCUACCCACUUCCAAAGACUUGGAAGGACGAAUUCGGUCACGACGUUCCGUAUUUGAGGAAUGAUCCGCGAAGGCCCAAGAAUGAGUGGGAAAUUAUGGAAGAGGAGGACGAGAAAGAGCUAAGAGAGCUUAUCAAGACCGACAGCGAGGGAGAAGCGGAGCGGGAUGCUCUUUGA